AGCUCUCGCAUGUGUAGAGGAGAUCUCGCGAGAACUGAACGUUUGUGGCGCCAAAUCCAACCCCCACAUCAGCCACCAACCCGCGUCGCUGUGGGUGGAGGUUUUGGCGCUGUACACACUCAAUAAACCGCAAGCGUUGCAGUUCUAGCUCUGGCCGCGGCUUUAUAAGGCGCUGCUAGGAAUAGCUCUGCUCACGUGAUCACUCAAGCACCGCCUCUCCCGCCACCAGGUGUCAUCAUGGCCGACCUAGACUCUGUGCCUGAGGUCGUAAUAGACCCUGAGGGGGUGUUCAAGUAUAUUCUGGUCCGGGUGAGCUCGGAGCCAGAGCGGUACCGGGAUAUCGUGCGGGGAACAAAGAGCGCCGAAUAUCACAAUCAUAUAUUUGAAAAACUGGAUCCAGAAAUUCAAGCAUUGGGCCUUAAAUGUAAAUGCCUCGGAGGAGGGAAGAUAGAACACAACAGCAAGGACAAGAAAAUCAGAGUAUUUGGUGAAUCCACUGGAUAUGGGAAAGCAGAUCACUCUGUUACAGCAGAAAAACUGAGAAGCACAUACAGUGACUAUGAAGUGGUGUGGUCAGAUGAAAAGAAAUGACUCCUCAUGACCAUCUGUCCCAGCUGUGGUCUUUAUUGUUUUGGAUUGAUGAGAUUAAACAUUUAAUGCAUUCAGUUCAUUUUAAGUUAUAUUGGGCAAAUACCUGCAUUAUAUGUUACUAAAAAUAUUUUUGAAAACUAAAACAAUUUCUGAAAAUUUGUGAA